AUGGUUUUUUCAAACUGGAUUUGCACCAAAAACACCAAGAACAUGUUUGUCAAGAUUGUUCAUCCAGGGGGCCACGUUGAGCUCCAUGACAGGCCUGUCCUUGCAGCAGAGAUAAUUGGCCGGAACCCAAGAUAUGUGGUCGCUCACUCACAUGUUUUCCAGCAACCAUGGGCUAUUGUUGCACCAGAGACCGUGCUGAUGCCUGGCCAUAAAUUUUAUGUCGUGCCUUUAAGCACUAUCCGGAAGCUUCAGCGACUCUCCAACAAGCAUUCUCCUUCUCCAGACAGCCUAACGCCACCAAGCAAAUCCCAGAAAAGUGAGGAACCGGAUCCUGACUGUGAUAAUUCCAGUAUUUGUUGGUUCUUUGUGCAGAAGAAUACUUUGAAAAAUCCAUAUUCCUGCAUAAAUCAUUUGGAUGACGAAGCUGCCAACGCAAAUAGCACAAAUUCUAGAGCAGAAAAAGGUGUUUCCAAGGAUAUGGUGAAGGAUGGGUCAUGUUUCUCUGAUAAAAAUUGCUUCACAUGCUUGAUAACAGGUGUCAAGACCAAAGCUAAUGGUGAUGACUCUAGAGAGGAAACGAGAUCACCUAGCAACUUUGUACCUCCUGAGACCAGGGGACAUACCAGGAAGAGAACAAGGAGACAUGUAAAAUGGUCGCCAAAAAGACAUGCAGCGUUUGACCAGUGGCAACCUAGUCUUGCAAGCAUCAAUGAAACUCAAGAAUAG